AUGAUGAAGUUGAAUUUGAAGCCAAAUUUGGCAGUUAUCGUUGUCACAGUAGCGUUAGCUGUGAAUUUCAGUGAGGUAAGCUUGUUAAGUGGUCUGAAUUCUGAGUCUACUCAAAUUUUAGGCGUCUGUGGUCCGUAAGACUCGCCAGACUUGUGGCUGUGUCGAGUCUUACCAACCCACGUGCUCCUGCCAACAAUCAUCUCAACAAUACAGUUGCUCCUGCCAGCCCACAACCCCAUGUUCAUGUGCAUCUAGCCAAAGCUCGCAGUAUCAAGUUCAGACAUCCCAGUGCGUGCCGGCUUGUCGGCAGUCUUGCUCUCAACAGUGUCAAACCGUCGCCAACCCGCAAUGCGAAUCAACGUGCCAGCAGUCUUGCCAGUCCAACUCUUGCAAUCCGAUGACUUCGACACCAAUGCCGGCUUCGCAGUCGUGUCUUCCGCAGUGUCAGAACAAUUGCAUGCAGCAGUGUACCCAGCAGCAGUCGGUCGAGCAAUGUCAGCAGAUUUGUCAGGAGCAGUGCAAUCAAGAGUGUGGAGUUAGCAAUGGUCAACAGGACUCGACGACCGGCUACGGAUACAAUCCGUACAAUCCCUAUGGAUAUGGUCAGGUUCAGAAUCAGAAUCAGAAUCAGAAUCAGUACCAAAACACGCAGUGCGAACAGCAGUGCUCCUCUCAAUGCACACAACAAACGAGCUCUUCCUGCCAACAAUGUCAAUCCACGUGUCAGCCACAACGAGAGCAAGUCAUCACCAUUUACAUUUCGGCUUCUCUGCCCCAAUCCUCCGAAUGUGUGCCCCAAUGCCAGCAAACGUGUCAGCAACAGUGUCAAUCCGUCCAGCAGCCGUCCUAUCAGAAUUGUGCGCCGGCGUGCUCCACCUCGUGCUCACAAUCGUGUUCUCAACCGGCUCAGAUGGCUUGUCAGGUAGUGCAGAACAGCGGAGCUGCUGCAUGCGGAUGUCAGAGCAACUAUUCACCGUGUGGAAAUGGACAGUGUUGCAGAAAAAAGUGAUGAGGACACGUUCGAUGGAUAUUUUCUGUAAAUUUCGUAUAAUAAACGUGUUGAACGACUUUAAACUUGUGUAAGAUUUCCAAAAUUAUACACGGUCUCCAGAGCUGACAAUGCUAGUGCGCCCCGCCCAAUAGAGCGAUACAUUGGCGCGAAAUUCAAAUUUUAACAGCAAAAUUUGUGUUUUUUUGCCAGAUUAGCCACGAAAAACCGAUAAUUUCUCAUUCGUCUCUCGAUUGACCAAUUGUAUAGGCUAUCACAUAUUUUUUAAGCGCAAGAGCGUUAAAUUUGGUCAAGUCACAAAUCACAUUUAUCCGUUUGAAGGUUUUUGGCUAAAACUGCCUGAAUUUGAGUUGCUUUUCGGUAAUUUUCGCGGUUCGAGCGCUCAAAAUGCUUGUAUUCACGUGAUUUAUUUCAUUCUCAAAACCAAAAUGAGCGCAAAAUGAGAAGUGCGGUUUUUAGGCGGCGAUCGGUGGCGAAGUAAAAACCGUGUAAAACAAAACCGCAAUAGUUGAGCAACCUUUUGUCACAACGUUUCCCCUCCAUUUUCCCUCUUUUGCUGCAAAAGAGCCUUCUCAAGACCCACUGGACUGAGAAGAGGGACACCGAAAAAAGUGCAUUAGAAAUGCGACUUGUUACCCUUCAAAUGCAUAUCUCCUUUCCCCUCUCUCUCUCUCUCUCUCUCUCUCUCUCUUUCUCUCUUUCUCUCUUUCUUUCGUACAUAAAUAGAAGAGGCUUCUAGCUACCUUUUUAUGCAAAAUCAACUCUCUCUCCUCUUUGUAUUUUCAGUGAGCUACUUACUCAGACAAGGAGAAACGCUCUCAAUUAGGAUGUAAACGGAUGUAGACACAAAGAUAAUUGGCUUCUGAGCUCUCGGAGCUCUCGUAGCUCAUCGGCCAACUUCUUUGUGCUCCGAGAGCUCCGAUGACUCCUCUUUUAUCAUAGGUCAAUUCAAUUCCUUGUGGCUUUUCAAACUCGCGUCAAAACUUGUUCUCCUCCAAUCCCAUCCCCCUCUCAACCCCCCAAAAAAACACCAAUUUUAUGGUCCGAAAAGAGAGAAGCGGCGCAGUUUUACUUGUUUUUUGUGCUGCCCCCCCCUCAAAUACCACUCCCUUUUUUCAUUCGCGCCACUCGUUUCGUUCCUCUUUCUCCAGAAGUUUUUUCUCGUUUUUUUUUCCCGCCCCGAAAAAAGAGCACUUCACAUAAAUCGUUUUGCCGGACGGAAAAUGGAGAAAAAGUGAGGAGCUGGCAGGAGAUGGGAAAGUGCAAAAGAGAGCCUCUUGAGCCACUGGGAGAGGGGCGCUUUUACGGAAUUUCGAAUCCGAAUUUCACUUCUUUUUUUUGCUGCACAAACUGCUACAGUAUACAAACUCUUAUCGGCAAUGGAAUGAACAUCGACCCUUGCCCCCUCCUUUUUAGUAUAGUAUUGUUGACCCGAAAAUUAGCAUGCAACUCGCUUACUGCUCCUUCUCCUGCCCGAUUCGUAUCAGGAAACAGAAAAAAGGGUAUUUAGGAUAGGAAAUUGAGUUUAUGCCUUCCUGAAUUUCUUUUCUUCUACCUUUUCUCCUUCUUUUACUGAUCUCUCGGAUCGUCAAACUCCAUCAUCCAUUUCAUCCCCUCUUCCUCUAUCUCUCUCUCUCUCUCUGCCUCAUGCUGCUCCUGAAGCCCUCUAUCAGGUGGCGCUCCUGACUCUUCCCGCAACACACCCUUUGCCUGUCUCCGUCUUCUCAUAUCCCGAUGACUUUUCAACUUUUAUCUGUUAUCAUAUCACAACUGAGCCCUUCGGCACAACUUUUAUCACUCGCAACUUUCGCCGCAACAACCCAACUACGUGUUUAUUCAGCCUCUCUGGAUAUUAAUUUCCAAUAUCAUCAACUUUUUGCCCUCUCCCUCUCCCUCUCGCCCUCCCUAUGUUUACAUUCUUACUCAUAGUCUGUCUACUCAAAAUCAUAGAACACUAGACGUUUCCUCUUUGCUCUCCUCAUUUUUUAUUCAUAAUCUCAAGUAGACGGAGGCAAGUACGAAGAGAAUGAACGCUCCAAUCGAAAAUUCGAUGGCACUUUCCUUUCUCUUUCAUUCUCUUCCAUUCCGAAGACGAAAAACAAGUGAAUGCACAACACACAACACAUACAAAUCAGUGCCUGUUUGUACUAGAUUUGAUUGAUUUAGCUGAUUUAGCCAGCUGAUAGGAAUGAGGGGGGUUAUGUCAUGUAUUUUUGUAUGACUCUAGAUGAUAAAAGAUUGACACGCAUCAUUUAGCCACGUCAAAAGAAAUGGCGAAACGAUGAUUCGAACGAAAAAUUGAUGCGUUUCUUACAUUUGAAAAAUCUAAAACUUUGCGAGUUCUGAUCCAGCACUUACUCUACUCUGUACCAGAGUUGAGCGGAAGAACUCAACGGAAGAAUUUUUAUAUUUUUUAGAAAAUUUUUUCAUUAAAUGUGAUCAACUGACGAAAUGUAUAGCAAAGUGAACUCUGUUCAUAGAAAAAUAUUUGUAAAUUUAGCUUUUCAUACAAAAAAGUGAUUCGAGUUGUUGCGUGAAAAAAAGGCUAACGGGGAAGACGGAAGGACAUUUUCACGGAACAACUCGAAUAACUUUUUUGUAUGAAAAGCUAAAUUUACAAUUAUUUUUCUAUGAGCAGAGUUCACUUUGCUAUACAUUUCGUCAGUUGAUCAAAUUUCAUGAAAAAAUUUUCUAAAAAAGAUAAAAAUUCUUCCGUGUUCUUCCGUUGAGUUCUUCCGCUCAACUCUGCUCUGUACCAUCAUCUUACAUGAUAAAAAUUAUAUCAUAAAAUAUAAAAUUAAUCAUAAAAUCAUUCAGCCCAUCUCUGUCUUGUUCUAAUGUCCGCCAACUCAAUCGAUAUGUAAACAUUCGUUCGUCUCAUCAUCAUAAAUCCAUUCCAGAUGUUCUUCCGCUCAUUUCCCCCCUUCCUCCUCCGCAUCUGAUGUGCUAUUGAAAAUGUUGAAAACGUCUAUAAAAGUAAGAAAGGAUCGAUCCGCUCAUUUCUCAUCUGAAUCAAUCUUUAUUUUCAUUUUAUCCCUCAUCGCCUUCUUCUGAUCACUUCCUCAUUUAGCAUCUGUAAUUCAAUCUAUCUCAGUUUUCAUCAUAUCCAUGCCUGUCUCACUUUCUCUACGAGCACAAAUCUUUCGUUUUUUUCUUUUCUUUUCGCAAACUAUAUUUUAUUUGCAGCACUCUGACUGAAAAUCUACGUGAACGGCGGCCCGACGGCAUGACGGCCGAUGCGGACUUGCUCGAAGGAUACGAUGAGGUACUUAGUGAUAUAAUAGCGGAAAAGGGGGGUGAAGGGUGUCUCUACGCUUAUUGUUACACUCAAUCAUUGUUCUUUUUUCUGUGAAAAUCGGGCCGUCACAAAUUUUUGUUCGGCACAACAAAAAUUUGAAAUUAAUUCCAAUUCUUCGUGUGUUCAAAAGACGAAUUCCUGCGGGUCUUUAGAAUUCAAUUUUUCCAUUAUUACACACAGUUUCAUAAACGGACCGUCAAACACCUAAAAAGGGGCGACGGCAAACAGGUCUGUUCUUUCUCAUCUUUUGUAAUUCUCCACCCUCCCGCCCGACAGUUUUUUCGACAUUUUGUCAACAAUGCCCUCUCCUCCACCGGUCUGUUCCUUCAAUUCAUUUAGUCCAUUGCCAUUAAUCCCACUCACAAAUAUCAAAUUGCCUGACCGUUCACUUGCAGGAACUCGGCGGCAACGAGGCUCAGAAAAGAGAUUGCAAAGGAAUCACGACGGCCGUCAUCGUCGUCCUAUUCAUUAUGGCACUCAUAUUUGCAGCCUUGGUACUCUUUACACCUUGUAAGUUACGAUCGACAGCACGGGGAGGGGGUAUAAAUAUUGCUGUUUUACAGUAUUCGCUUCUACUCACUUGCCGUCAAAACGCCUCAACAUUUCCGACCUUCGAAACCUGCGCUAUCCGUUUGGAGAGUUUCAGUUCACUCUCGAUAAUCCGAACACUAUUGUAAUGCAAAGUUGGGAAGGUGUGGAGCUGGUGGAAGACGGAGUCUCACGACUGCUUUUCGGAAGAGAAAGUGGAGUAGGUUUUUAAUUUCCGUUCCAGUUUUUCUAUCAUUUGUUGUUGCAGGGAGAAAUCUCUCCGUCGGCCGAUCUCAAAUAUUUUGCUCUGACGGAUCACGCGACGAAUCCGGGAAUGAACCCGCAGAACGAGACGUACCAUUUGAAGAUUGUGAACAAUGAAGAAAGGUUUCAUCCCUUGUUACCCUAUGAGUUUGAAGACUUGUUCCGCAACUUUGCGGAUUCCAGAAUCACUCAUGAUGUCGGUCUCCGCGGAAAAGAGUCCACGGUGCAGGCGUUCAAGUGGAACGGAAAGUUUAACGAUUUUGUGAGUACUAGUGUUUGGCUGUGUGCAUGAACUAGGUUUACUAUAGAUCGCUUCCCAUAGCGCUUUUUUCUCACUAUUUAAAGGACCAGGGAACCCAAAAAUUUUUUGAUUUUUUGUGACUGUUUGAAUUGUCUCUUAUUGCCUCAUACACUGGUGAAAUGCUGCCUCUCAAAAAUGCCAAUGAACGAAACGGCCUGCAGUUGAAGUUGUGGCCGUGGCCUAGAAAUAUGCGCUUCUCGGCCAUUUUAUUUUUUCCGCUUUUUUACCGGGUUUUUUUCCAAAAAUUCACGGUUUCUCCCAUUUUUCAGUUGAUUGACAUUUGUUCGGCACUUACGUAUUUUUUCACUGCUAAAAAAUUGUUUUCAUUCAGUCGAUACGAAGUGCCAGAUGAGUGGCUUCCGUGGAACAAGAGUGAUUUUAUCGCGAAAAAAGCGGAAAAAAGCGGAAAAAAUAAAAUGGCCGAGAAGCGCAUAUUUCUAGGCCAUUGGCGCUAGGCCACGUCCACAACUUCAACUACAUGCCGUUUCGUUUAUUGGCAUUUUUGAGAGGCAGCAUUUCACCAGUGUAUGAGGCAAUAAGAGACAAUUCAAACAGUCACAAAAAAAUCAAAAAAUUUUUGGUUUCCCUGGUCCUUUAACUAUAUCUAACUAUGUCAGGUGUUUGUGGAGAACAACAAAAUCUACUACAAAACAGCUCCAGAAGAGAAGGGCGUUGUGAAAGUCAGUAAUGGAGGUCAAAACACGGUGGACGGCCUGUUCGACUGGAUCUAUGAAGAGGAAAUUUUCGGAAAGAAAGAUGCUCUCUGGUGGUCUCCGAAUGGAAAUCGUUUGGCGUUCGCCUCCUACGACAAUCAUCUCACUCGCAACAUUUCGCUCAAAAGCUACCAUCGUCUGAACUCCUAUACCAUCGACACCAAUCUUCAUUACCCGAAGACGUUCGCCAAAGUCCUUCCCUCUUAUACUCUCUCCAUUUGGGACAAGAGAACGGAGCAAGCUCGGCAAAUGGAUGUUCAGCUCAAGGACAGUCUCUCCUAUCACUACUUGCUGGCGGUGAAGUGGUUGGAGAUCAAUGGGACGGAGCGGUUGGUCUCGGUUUGGACGAAUCGCUAUCAGAAUGAGAUUGCGUUGACCAUUUGUGAUUGGGAGUCUGCGAUUUGUCACUUGGUGCGUCGUCAAAAUAUUGCCCAGUGAGAAUUCUAACUCAAUGUUUACAGGAGUUCGAGUACAAGUACGCCGCGAAACGUUGGGUGUCCCAUGAUGAUUUCAAUACAAUGAUCGCCUUCGAGGACACUCUCUACUUCCUUCUGCCUCACGAUCUCCGUGGCAAUGCUUUCCAACAAAUUGCCACUCUUCGACUGUCCAACGGCCAACACCGAACGCCAAAGUUUCUGCAGCUCGGCGAGUUCGAUGUCACUUCAAUCGAGGGAAUCUCUCCGAAAACUAGAACUCUCUACUAUCAUGCGGCUGCUCCCAGGCCUCAACAAAGAAACCUUUUCGCGUAUACUCUCCUGGAGAAAGCUGAUAAAUCUGUGAACUGUGUCACUUGCGGCAUCACAAACUGUUCGUGGGCUCAGGCACAGUUGGAUGAUGAAAUGACACGGGCGAUUGUGUCGUGUAAGGGCCCAGCAGCGCCACAUACAACUCUGAUGAACUUGACAGGAAAUGUGAAGCAGGAAAAGGCCGACUGUGAGCGUAUUCACUUAUUUCACACUGUUUUAUGUCUUUUUUUAGAUGCUGAACUUCUGGAAGAUCGCUCGUAUCAAAUCAAAAUGGAAGAAGCUGCCCUGCCAGUGAUUAUCACCGAAAAGAUUAAGAUUUCCGAUGACUACGGUACUAAUCUUUAAGUUUUCUUUAAACAGUUCGCAAUAUCAGUUACAGAUGCCCUCAUCAAGCUCUCUAUUCCUCGAGACGUUUACCAUCGGGAUAAAAGUCGUGCGAUUCCACUGCUCGUUCAUGUUUACGGCGGACCAAACGAUCAAAACACAAAGGACACGACACAAGUUGGCAUCGAAGAAAUUGUCGCAUCUGGGCAGCAAGUGGCCAUUCUGCGCAUUGACGGACGCGGCAGCGGCGGAAGAGGAUGGAAGUAUCGAUCGGCGGUUUACGGACAACUGGGCACUGUGGAGGUUGAUGAUCAGCUGAGUGUCAUCAAGUAAUUCUAGUGAAUGUUUGCAUAGAGAGUACGUAUCUCGUUGUUACAGGGUGGUUCUCCGACUCUAUCGUCAUAUGCUCGACGCCAAUCGAGUUGCGGUCUUCGGAUGGUCCUACGGAGGUUUCAUGACUUUGUCGAUGGUCAACGAGGCCUCGGAGAACUUUUUCAAGUGUGCCAUUUCAGUGGCGCCGGUCACUAAUUUUGCCUAUUAUGGUGAGGUUUUCUGUUGGGUUCUCACAUCCUAUUAUAGGGGUACCGGACAGAAAGGGCGCGCUAUUGAGAAGAGCCCGCGAAAACCUGGGGGACAAAUAGAAAUUCUAUACAUGAAAAAGAAAAAAUUACUUAAAUUCACCACGAAAAAGGUGAGAACACAAUCGAUUUAUUAAAAAGAAAACGAAAAAACUGAAGGAAAACAACAAUUUCUGCAGCAGCCUACGUGGCCGCGGACUAACUUUCUCUUCUCACACCAUUCAAAUUUAGAGUCCCCCAGGUUUUCGCUUGCCACGGCCUCCUGCACGAGAAAAGCGCAAGCAAUUACGCGUGCUCUCUGCGUCGCCGGCAGCAUUCUCCUUGUCUCGCACUCUCUCGCUUGCCUACUGUCGCUCGAGAAGCGAAAUGAGAGUUGGUGUGGCGCUCGGAACGCCGCCGGAAGAAUACUGAUUUAUCUUUCCGUUUUUCUUCAUGAACGUGUUUAUCAUGAGCAAAACUUGCAAAGAGCAACAAAAAAUUCUGAAAAAAAUGCCGGCGUCAGUACGAAAUUUGCAUUUUUCGUGUUGCGGUUGAUUAUGCGUGCUACAAGUGAGAAUCAAAAUCAUCUUCCGUUAUUUCGUGAUGAAAACGUUGCCCGAGGGUUUUUCAUGACCACAUCAUCAAAAAUUUAACGAAAUUAAUCGUGUAAGCCACAUUGGGAGCACCGAUUUCACACUUCGGUGGCCAACGAAGUUUCAUCGGAGACUUCAGAUGCGUGCUCUCGGAAGAGUACUGAUUCAUUUUUCCCGCUUUCUACGGGAAUAUGUUAAAUAUGAUCAGUACUUCGAAGCAGCAACAAAAAACUUGAAAAAAUAUUCUGGAGUGUCCACGGAGACGGCUUCUGAAAGAGCUACAGUUUUCUGCUGACUUCAGAAGCGUGCUGUUGGAGGAGGGAAAACUUUUUUUGACUGAUUUCAGCUGUAAACUGUUGUUUACACUUCAUCGAAACAAAGAGCAAUGAAUAAUCGCAAGUUUUUCUUAUUCUCCAGCUGUGAAUUCCGAAGAUGUGAGCACGACGUAUUCUGGUGGACAAGUUAGUCAGAAUCCACCAGUUUCUCACAUUUUUUGAUAGGAAAUGUUCACAUACGGGUAAAACUUCGAAUUAAACAAUAGUCGAGUGAGAAUGAAUGUUGCCGCCGUUGGUGAGUCCGUGAGAGUCGGAUCUGUCGUAAUCUUGGCUCAAGUCGGCGUGCUUCAAACCGCCAUAUCUCUCUUCAAACUCAUCCAAUCUACUCGUUCGAAGUCGCAAAAGAAAGCUCAUGAAAUUUAGAAACUUUUUGUGUGUGUGAAUUUGUAAAAAAAGUGGUUUCUUGCUCACGUUAUCCUGGAAAAAAACCUCAAAAAAAGGCCACUUUUUUUCCACUGAAAAACUUCAAAGUGAUGCAUCUGCCUUCAAACUGCAUCAAUUUACUUGAUUAAAAAAAGCAAAACGUAGGCCUCUCUAAUGUCUACAACUUGCCAGAAUCAGAUUUUCGAAAAAAUUUUUUCCUGAUUUUUAAAGUGACUGCAAAGUUUUCUCUUCGUGGUUUGUUACAUCCCAUUCAUUCGAAUCACAGCUAUAUUUGAUAUUUUUGUGUUCAAUGCUUGAAUAUAAUUGUGUAUUAACGAAAAGUGACGAAACAGUCAAGAAAAUUUUCUUGUACCCGCUCCUAGACAUGUCUUAUACUCAAAUUUUGGUAAAACUGGCUCUUUUCAACACACAGGAACUUUUUUGAUUGGCUAAUAAAAAAAAAAGAUUCCUAAUUUUUGUCUUAGUCUGUUCAGAUUUUUCGAGAUUUUAUUUUUUGUGGUAACCAUGCCGCCGACAACUUUUCCGUGUUGAACAAGAAAUUUUUUGAUGGAUAAUGCAAGCGCGCUCUACGGUCAUGCGUUAGAGAUGAGAGACGGCUGAGUAUGCGCGUUUCGCGAUCCGGCUUGCACAUUUCUCGUGCCGGAGGCCGUGUUGCUCUUCUCAAUAGCGCGCCCUUUCUGUCCGGUGCCCCUAUAAUAAAUUUGUUUUCUAGAGAGUUUAUUGAACGCGAAACUCAUUUCAGAUGCCACGUACACCGAGAGAUACAUGGGAGACGCUCCACUCGAGUCGUACAGUGACGUCACCAGGAAACUGGACAACUUCAAAACCACCAGACUCCUUCUUAUGCAUGGACUCCUUGAUGGUAAGGUGUGGUUCUGAGCCUCAACUAAAAACUGAUUAUUCAGAUAACGUGCACUUUCAAAACAGUGCAAUACUGAUAGAGGAGCUGCAGAACAAAGGAAUCGACUUUGAUUUGAUGGUCUAUCCGAAUCAGGCGCACUCUUUAUCCACCCGAACGUCUCAUGUCGUCGGAAAGAUGUCACAAUUUUUGAAACAAUGUUUUGCUUCGGAAAAAUAG